AUGGAUCGGGAGCUGCUGCGUCAGGCGCUCAGCUACCACGGCCCCACUCUGCUCUCGCUGCUCCGCGCCGAGCAGCAUGACAACCCUGACUUCCGCGGACUGCUACCGCCGCCCGGGACUAGCCUUGAACCGCCCCGCGGGGCGCCGCAGCCGCCGGCCGCCUGGUGAGGAGCGCCGAGACGGGGCGGUCAAGGGGAGAAAGAGAAGUCGAGCCUUGACACCGAGAUAAAGCGCUUCAUUGCCAAAAAAGCCGAUCUUCUUUUCGCGCACUCGUGGAAACCCAAUGGCCCUCUGGCCGAGACGAUUGAAGAAAAUGAAGAGUAUUAUGCUGUUAUGCCUCCUCUGGAACGGUUCAUGGAUGUUCCCAGGGAAGACAGGAGGGAAUUAUUUUUUCGAGACAUCGAGCGUGGGGAUAUUGUGAUUGGGAAGAUUACAUCUAUCCGUGAAUUUGGCUUUUUCAUGGUGUUGAUCUGCCUGGGAAGUGGUGUCAUACGGGAGAUUGCAGAUAUAGAAAUCACUGCUCUUUGUCCUUUGAGAGAUGUACCUCCUCAAAGCAACCACGGAGAUCCUUUAUCUUAUUAUCAAACCGGAGACCUUAUUCGAGCUGCAAUCAAGGACAUCGAUCGUUACCAUGAGAAGCUCACCGUGUCACUUUACAGCUCAGCUCUUCCACCCAGUCUUUCCAGUACAAAACUAGGUGUGAUUACUUCUGAUGACUUCCCUUUACAUUAUAAGCGAAGCAUGGAAGUUGCUAAUACAGGAGAGACAUUUGAAGAGGUUUUGCAUCGUUCCCCAGGAUUUGCUAAUCCAUCAUUAGUUGAAUUUUUAGCAGAAAAACUAGGACUAAGUGAAUCAAAUCCACCGUCUUUGAUGAGAAGUCUUCAAAUUAAAAAUUUCAAUGAAGAAGAUUUUGCCCCUGCAUUGAGGAAAAAGCAGUCUGCAUCUUGGGCCUUGAAAUGUGUGAAGGCUGGGGUUGAUUAUUUUAAGGUUGGGCGCCACGUGGAAGCCAUGAAUGAGUACAACAAAGCAUUGGAAAUUGAUCCACAAAACGUUGAAGCUUUGGUAGCACGUGGAGCUCUGUAUGCAACAAAAGGAAGCCUAAACAAAGCCAUAGGUGAUUUUGAAAUUGCUUUGGAAAACUGCCCUACCCAUAGGAAUGCAAGGAAAUACCUCUGUCAGACGCUUGUGGAAAGAGGCGGGCAGUUGGAAGAGGAAGACAAACUGCUAAAUGCUGAGAAUUACUACAAAAAAGCCUUAAGUUUGGAUGAAACUUUUCAGGAAGCAGAAGAGGCCCUAACGAAACUCCGUAAGCAUAUGCAGAAAUCUUUGGAAAUGAGGGAGAAAGCUGCCAAAGAAGAGAGACAAAAAGAAAAGAAAGUAGAAACAAGUGCAGAAAAAUUGCGUAAGCUCUUAAAAGAAGAAAAAAGGUUGAAGAAGAAAAGGAAAGUAUCAACAUCCUCCUCCUCCUCUUCUUCUUCUUCUUCCUCCUCCUCGUCCUCCUCAUCAAGUGAUUCUUCAUCAGAUGUAUCAGUUUCUUCUUCCUCCUCUUCCUCUGAUCGCAAGAAACGUAGGAAAAAGCGUCGGAAUAGAUCUGAGUCUGCCCACAGCUCAAAGAAACGCUCAUCUAGAGCAUCCUCCUGUUACAAAGAUCAGGUUAGGAAGGAGGAGUGGUAUUCGCCUCCGGCUGAUACCUCUGCUUCCUUUCUUAACCAAAAUUUUGAAGUGGAAAAUCUGCUGGAAAGGCAAGACAGCUUAGUGUGUCCAAAAACAGAGGGAAAAGAGAAAGACAGACACUGUUCUUUUUCGAGGACUUCAGGUGAUGAUGAAGACACUUUUGGAGGUAGGUCUGAAGAUUCAAGAGAUUCUUACAGUAGCUGCAGAACUCUGCCAAGUAGUAGCAAAACUGAAAAAUAUGGUAGAACCGAGAGAUUUUUCUCUAGUUGGAGGGGUUCUUCAGGUUCAUAUCAUAAGUCAGAUGAUAAACACAGGACGCAUUAUUUUAGGAAGUCAGAAAGGGAUGUAGAGGGAAGAAGAGAGCAGUUUAAAAAGCAUGGCUCAGGUCAAGACAGGUAUUAUAUGUCUCCAGCAGGCUCUGACUAUUCUGGCAAGUCACUGGGGAAAUACGGAUCAUACUCUAGCACCUGCUCAUGGGAAGGUGAUAGAAGUUAUGAUAGUGAUAGGCACAUGUCAAGUCAGCAUAAAACAGAAAGUGAGUAUAGGAGUAGGAAAAGAAGUUCUGAGGAAACUAAUAAAGCAAAGGAAGCAGAGGAGGAAACGUCUUUAAGUGAUACAGCACAAACAGAAAGUGGCAUUAAAAGAAACCUGCCCCAGAACUUAGUUAAUAUUUUCAAUCAGAUAGCUGAGUUUGAGAGAGAAAAAGGAAGUAAGCAGAAGAAACAGUAAAGUACUUUUAAAAUUGCUAUUGAGUGUAGUUAAAUGAACUUUUAUUUGAGUAUCUCUUGAGGAAAUGCUUAUAAAGAGAGAAAGAAAGGCAAAAUUUGUUCUGUCUUGCAAAAUGUCAAAGAAUUACUUAAGUAAAGAUUAUAUGCUGGAAAAAGACACAAGGAUACCUUACUUAAAGUACCAGUUAUUUAAAAUCUUAAGUUUCCUGUGCUCUUAAUUUGGGGUGUUCCUGUACAACAUUCUCAGGCUGGUGGGUUGAAAUCCUUUGAUCCCCCUACCCAGGUAGCUGUAACUGACAUCAGAUAGGCACUUUAAUGACAGAUGGGGUUUGUUUGUUUUUUUCUUGUCCCUUGGGGUAGUGUUGACUGCUGAUAUUUUUGUAUCAAGCUUAACUUCCAGCUCUAGGAAGGGGAUAACAGUGAAAGUCAUAUGCCAUCAAUGUA